CGUCUCGGGGUCUGGACGCUGAUGCCACCGGUCGGGCUGGUAUGGAGGCGGCGCGCUGCGCACCCGGACCCCGCGGGGACAGUGCCUUUGAAGAUGAGACCCUGAGACUUCGGCAGCUGAAGCUGGACAAUCAGAGGGCACUACUGGAGAAGAAGCAGAGAAAGAAGCGCCUUGAGCCACUCAUGGUACAGCCAAACCCAGAAGCCAGGCUGCGAAGGUUAAAGCCAAGAGGUACUGAGGAGCACACGCCUUUGGUGGACCCUCAGACACCACGCAGCGAUGUCAUCCUACAUGGCAUCGAUGGUCCAGCUGCUUUCCUCAAGCCGGAGGCUCAGGAUUUGGAAAGCAAGCCUCAAGUUCUCUCAGUGGGCUCCCCUACCCCAGAAGAAGGCACCGAAGGAAGUGCAGAUGGGGAAAGCCCUGUGGAGACAGCCUCCAAGCCAGACCUUCAGGAGAUUCUCCAAAAACACGGCAUCUUGAGUAGUGUGAACUACGACGAGGAGCCUGACGAAGAGGAAGAUGGGGACAACCCCAGCUCCCCAUCAGCUCGUUCAGAGAAGGAGAGUGCUGCAGCCAGCCAGAAAGCAGCCUCGGAGACCGGAGCUUCCGGUGUGACAGCCCAGCAGGGUGAUGCCCAGCUCGGAGAAGUGGAGGAUUUAGAGGACUUUGCGUAUAGUCCUGCCCCUCGGGGUGUCACGGUGAAGUGUAGAGUAACCAGGGAUAAGAAAGGCAUGGACCGUGGCCUCUUCCCCACCUACUAUAUGCACCUGGAGAAGGAGGAGAACCGCAAGAUAUUUCUUCUAGCUGGUAGGAAGCGGAAAAAGAGCAAAACAUCAAACUACCUGGUCUCCACGGACCCAACAGACUUGUCUCGUGAAGGAGAAAGUUACAUCGGCAAACUCAGAUCCAAUCUCAUGGGGACCAAGUUCACAGUGUAUGACCAUGGUGUCAACCCUGUCAAGGCCCAGGGUCUGGUGGAGAAGGCCCACACUCGACAGGAGCUGGCUGCCAUUUGCUAUGAAACAAACGUUCUCGGUUUCAAAGGCCCUAGGAAAAUGUCUGUGAUCAUUCCAGGGAUGAAUAUGAAUCAUGAACGCAUCCCGUUCCGACCACGAAACGAACAUGAGAGCUUGCUUUCAAAAUGGCAGAACAAAUCCAUGGAGAACUUGAUCGAGCUGCACAACAAGGCCCCGGUGUGGAACGAUGACACCCAGUCCUACGUCCUGAACUUUCAUGGCAGAGUCACCCAGGCAUCAGUGAAGAACUUCCAGAUAGUCCACGGGAACGACCCUGACUACAUAGUCAUGCAGUUUGGGCGCGUGGCUGACGACGUCUUCACACUGGACUAUAACUACCCACUGUGCGCACUCCAAGCCUUCGCCAUUGGGCUAUCCAGCUUUGACAGCAAGCUGGCGUGUGAAUGAGAAGCAGCAAGGAGGGGAUUCCUUCACCACAGAGCCUUCAGGAGCAGAAAGCUGCUGCCCCUGCCUCUGCCCCUGCCCCUGCCCCAGCACAAGAAGAGCAACAUUCUGCCCCUCUAGGGAAUGAUCGAGUGUGUGUGUGUGUGAAUGUGUGUAUGUGUGUUUAUACAUUCAUACACAUACACACGUGAACACGUGCAUCCACACACUUGUUCAUGCCUUCUCUGAACUUCAGAGACCUGGUCAAAGAUUACAGCUUCUCAUGGGUGAGAGAUAGUUUAAAGCACAGGGAGGUAGACACCCAGGCACACUGGUGUCUCCUGACUGCACCACAGAUUCUCUGUGGUGAGUGUAGCCUUCGUGUGCUCGGGCACUUCCAACAGAAUCAGGUUCUAAUGAUUAGAUCCUUGGGCCUCCUUUUUUGAAGACCCUUUCAAAAGGGGGCUGUUUCCUCAGAUGCCUUUAGCCCAGGGCCAGCAGACUUUCUCAGCCAACGAUCUCAUAGUGUCUCUUGUACUGACUCCAGUCAGCUUCUUUAGCACAAAAACAGCCAUAACUAGUUGGUGCACAAAGAGUGUAGCUGUGUCCCAAUAAAACUUUAUUUACAAAGAGGGCAUUGGCCUACUCUGGCCUGUGACUCUGGUUUGCAGGCCUGCCUUGGAUCGUGUCCCUGUCCUCCAAGGCUGGAUCGUCUUCCAGAACACGAGUGGGGAGAGGGCAUGGUUUACUUUUCAGUAGCCACAGACUGAGCUUAUUUUUAUUUUUUUAAUUUUUCCCAUGGAUCUCUGUGUAGCUCUGCCUGUCCUGGAACUUGUUCUGUAGACCAGGCUGGCCUCAGAGAUCCACCUGCCUCUGCCUACCAAGCGCUGGGAUUAAAGGCGUAUACUACCAUUCCUGGCAACAGACUGACUCUUAAGAGGAAUUCUUGCUGAAUCCACUCUUGGUAGCUUUUGCCUCACUGAGAUGAUGGCUGUAAAGUGUCAUCUGCCAUCAUGGGGCAUGUGACACUAACUUGUUUGUGGGUCUGAAAGGCUCUGCUGUCCCAGCCUCCCUAUUGCUUGUCCUCAGAGCGGGUUGGUGGGCAGCCAUCUCAGAAGCAUGACUGUGGCCAGGUCUCUGGGGUCCUCACUCUCCAGUGUCUUAAUCUAGGGUCUUGUUAGAGACAGCAAGAGUCUUGGUGAGAAGGCCGCCUUGCUGACGCUCCACAGGCCUUGCCUGUCAGCUUUGUCCUCCAGCCUCGAAGCCUGUCCCACACCAGUGCAGACAGACACUGCUUGGUACACUGAGGUUUUGAGAUCAUGGACAUCUCCCAGCGAAUCAUGACAAAUUCCUCAAGCUCCCCAGCCUACAAUGCACCUGAACUUGAGAAUUCAAAAACUUUGGGUCUACCUUCAGUGGUCCCCUACUCCCAAACUGCUUCCCAGCAUGGGUGAAGGGUCGCUGGCGACUGCUCCAUGGUUUUACCUCUGUGGAGGAGGUCCCUGCCUCCCUGCCUUCCCUUGCUCCCUGCUGAGCAUCACACAGCUGCGUGAUGACGUGAUGACGUGAGAUCUGGAAGAUCAGGCCUGUGCUGACCCAGUGUCUUGCCUGUCCCUUCAGAUGUCACUGUUCUGCCUCAGGCAUGCUUCCCGUUAAGUGCCUUGUUCAUAAAUGUGCUCCGAAACCUGACACACCUCUGCCAUCCACUUUCCCUGGCAAAGCCACCUUUGUUGAGCUGAAAGCUGCUCACUGGUCUCCACUUACAGGGGUUGGGCCUACGGGCCACCGGGUCUGACCUUUCUGUCCUGCUUAGAGAGCUGUAUACUCGAAUUUGACGGACUCGGAGCUUGAGUGUGCAGGUUUUACAUGAAUCCUAUUUAUACCUUUUGUAUGCCAUAUAAAUAAAGAUAAUUUAUAUAAAGA